AGAGGAUAUGAGCGUGGGUGUGGCGAGGAGGGCGGGAGAUACCUUUAACACAUGGAGGCUCUUCUUUUGCUGAUAAAAAACAUCGAUUUGGGUACUUUACAGGACACUUGUGUUCAAGUGCUUCACUUUUGGCUGUGGAAACGCAGACAUCACUUCAGCAGGUGUUACUGCCCUCAUCGCGUCUGAUUUGUACCUUGUCCAGACAGAUGUCCAGUAUGAAGUGGUUCCUGAUUCUUUUCCUGGUUCUAGGAAUUGCUUCACUACUGUAUCUUUCGUAUGCCCCUAUGACAGAGGAGAAAGCACCACAAAGGAACCCUCCUGCAAAACAACAACACACAGGAGCACCAAGUAAUGCUCCUGUAAAAGAAGAACCAGAAAUAGACACUGUCCAGGAAGAUCCAGGGUUGUACCAUGUGGCUUAUCCCCGAAAAUACAAAUUUAUCAUUGACCAGCCAGAGAUAUGUAAAUUGCAAAAACCCUUCGUGAUGAUUAUGGUCCCGGUGCCUCCUGGCGACGUUGAAGCACGCAGCGGCAUCAGGAGGACGUGGGGAAGAGAAAAGGUUGUUGGGGACAAAGCGGUUGUGGUGCUGUUUAUUAUGGGUUUACACAGUGGAAAUGAUAAAGAAAUAUUGCACGAGCAACUCCGGAAUGAGAGCCAGCAGUACGAAGACCUUCUCCAGAGCAACUUCCUGGAUUCCUAUAAGAAUCUGACCAUUAAAACCUUGGUGAUGAUGGAAUGGCUCAGCAGGAAUUGUCAACAGGCGUCCUUUGCUGUGAAAGUGGACGCUGACGUGCUCCUUAACAUGAAUAAUCUCAUGAAUAUGCUUGAGAGUCUGAACCCAGUCCCAGCCAACUAUAUGACCGGGCUGGUGUGGUACGCAAGCCCUGUCAUCCGAAAUCCGUUCAACAAGUUUUUCCUUCCCUACAGUGUUUACUCCAGAAGCACAUAUCCGCCAUAUCCUCUAGGCAUGUGUUACAUCAUUUCUUUGGACCUGCCGCAGAAAUUUAUACAGGAAUCGAAGCACAUUAAACCCAUAUAUUUGGAGGAUGCAUAUCUUGGCAUGUGUUUGGAGAAGUUGGGAAUCGUCCCAAGCAGACCACCAAAUAUAGGGCAGUUUGUGGUGACAAAACCGCAGUACAAUCGCUGUUACUAUUCUGGAUUGAUAGCUGUGCUUACGGACAACACGAAUCAGAUGACGUCCUUUUGGACCGAUGUUCAUUCAACCAGCAAUCCAUGCUGAGGUGGAAACAUCCAAACUAAUAUGAUAAACUAAUAUUAUGUGUCUGAUUUUUCGUGUGCGUAUGAGUGAAAGCAUUUUUUUGUUGAAAUAAAGUGAAACCAUGCAUCA